CGCGGCUCCGGGAGACGCUAAACCAUCCUGUCGGGUUCACGUAGCCUUUUGGUUGUGGAAGAGCAUGCAGAGUGUAAUAUUUCUGGCGUUCCAGCACGACUGCAGCCGAAUGGAGAAAAGCGCUAGCCGUUGCCAGAGCAAAGAAGAAAAAAAGGGCAAGAUGAAAAAAACCAUCCUAAAAGAUUGGAAGGCAAGAUUGAAUUACUUUCUGCAGAAUUCCUCCAAUUCUACCAGUGCAAAGGCUAACAAGAAAGGACAACAAAAGACAUGUUUUAGACCUUCUCCUGAAGAAGCUCAGCUGUGGUCAGAAGCAUUUGAUGAACUUCUAGUUAACAAAUAUGGUCUGGCAGCUUUCAGAGCUUUCCUGAAAUCUGAGUUUUGUGAAGAGAACAUUGACUUCUGGCUGGCCUGUGAAGAUUAUAAAAAAAUCAAGUCCCCACAAAAACUGACAGCCAAAGCUAAGAAGAUUUACAGUGACUUCAUUGAAAAGGAAGCUCCUAAAGAGAUCAACAUAGACUUUCAGACCAAAAACAGUAUUGCUCAGAGCAUCGAAGAAGCCACACACACAUGCUUCAGUGCAGCCCAGAAGAGAGUUUAUAGUUUAAUGGAGAACAAUUCCUACCCUCGCUUCCUAGAAUCCGAGUUCUACCAAGAAUUGUGCAGAAAGUCACCAAUCAGCAGAGACUCUCAGGAGACAUGAACCCAUAAAGCAGGAAGGGGAAGAAAAUUCCAAAGAAUAAAUCUGCCAAAUAAAGGAAAGAGGACCAUGUGUCUUUGAUGGCUCAGUGGGUCCGAUGAACUGAAUGCAAAGGAUAUCUGCCCAAAUGGCAAUCUACAGUUAUUCAGCUGAUGGAACUAGUUGACUUGGGCAGACUCUAGCAAGUUGCCCUAUUAAUGUUUAAAGGUAACCACACAAACUGCUGGCCAGUUAUUAAGGAAAGCUGAUUUUCCUCCCCAUAUAUGUUUUUAUAAUGUUUUGUGCAGCAUUGGACUAGUGUGAUCAUCCAGCUUUGUAUUUGAACCUGGAUAUGCUGAUGCUCAUAAGAAAAACCAGUGCCCUCUAUAUUUAAAUAUAAACAAGCUCUAAGACUGUUCUUGUAAGCUGACCUUUUGUGAGACCUGACAAAUACUUUGAAUAAUUGGCUUUU